UCAACAUGGGUGGAUUAUUUUUCUUUCACUGAACUGCCCCACUCUCCCACUUUCUCUCCUCCGUGUAUUAUGCUCCGGUCAUUAUCCCGCCCUCCGAUCUUUUUCCGUCCGAUUAUGUCGCGCUCCGCUGUAUCUUCCUCCGGUACUGUCGUAUCCGCCACCACUAACUCUAAAGCUAGGUUAAGAGGUGUGGUGUUUGACAUGGAUGGCACUCUCACUGUCCCAGUGAUAGAUUUUCCGGCAAUGUACAAAGCUGUAUUGGGAGACGAACAGUAUUUAUCGAUGAAAUCACAAAACCCAUCUGGAAUUGAUAUUUUGCAUCAUAUUCAGACUUGGAACCCUCUUCAACAGCAGAAAGCUUACGAAAUUAUCGCCGAUUUCGAGCGCCAAGGUCUUGAUCAUCUCCAGAUUAUGCCCGGUGCGGCACAACUUUGUGGUUUCCUCGACUCAAAAAAAAUAAGGAGGGGACUUAUCACUCGGAAUGUCAAGCCUUCAGUUGACAUAUUUCAUCAAAGGUUCGGGAUGACUUUCUCUCCUGCACUCAGCAGAGAAUUCCUCCCUUGCAAACCUGAUCCAGCUCCCCUAUUACAUAUAUGUUCGAACUGGGAAUUUCAGCCAAAUGAAGUAAUUAUGAUUGGUGAUAGCCUCAAAGAUGAUGUAGCUUGUGGGAAAAGAGCAGGAGCAUACACAUGCUUGCUUGAUGAAAGUGGGAGGUAUGACUCUCCUGAGUUUGCUUCAGUUGACCACAAACCAGAUUUUAAGGUCUCUUCUCUUGCGGAAGUUCAGUCAUUACUGGAAACACAUUUUGACUUGAGACCAUGACGGACAUGAAGCCUUAUGCCGAGUAAUGUAACACCUAAAGUGCUCGACUUGUGUUCAUCUCACAAUUAAUAAGAUUACUUGGUAUAUAAGUUGAAUGCGGUAUUGGAGUUUCUCGCAUCUUCAUUAUUUGUGGCAACAAAAAAGAAAGGAAAAGGAUGAUAUAUGAUUAAAAUUGAAGAAAUCGCCACAUUCAUAUUUUUCCGUAUUUAGAUUAAUCAUGUUAAGAAUGUUUUAUGCCCUGUUAUAAAGAUUGUUAAAUUUGUAUACUUGCAUAUUUGAGCAAAAACUAGAGGAACUUCCCUAUAUCGUAAUUUUUAUGUCGUUAAAUAUGCUGUUACGGGACAUUCCUCCUGGACUCUUUGUACUGGCAACUUAUCUAUGUAUUAUCAAUAUAUCAUAUUGAUGGCAUUCAUAAAGACAAAGGAGCUUCACCAAGAUAAAAAGUUGGUCUGGUUUUUCAA